CGCAGCCCGCCCUCUUCAAGCAGUUCGGACUAUCAGAUAAACUUCAUCUCUGUUCUUAAGGAACUAAAGGUAAACAUAUGAGUUGAUUUCGAGCUGCUCCCACGGCGACCCGUCCAGCAAGAACCUCCCACGAUGUUUCACCCGUUCGCCGUCUUCCUGAACGGUCUGUGGGAAGACCCCGCCACGGCGACCCACGACCCCGUCCACGCCAGGUUCCAAAAACAGUCCGACAAAGCGGGUUUCGAAACGAAACGGGUUUCGCGGUAUUUGACCUGGCGCUACAGCUACCUUUUGUGCGGCGUCCCGUUGUUUUACUUCAUCAAAAUCAUUUUAGACUUCGCGGUCGUGAAGUCCGGGCACCAUCAUGAUUUGGCGACGAUUCUGGAAAGGGACCUACCGGGCUCAACCGGUGGGGGGCCUUCCGGCUUUGGGGCGAAGAUCGCGAAAAAUUUGGAGAAGUUCGUCACCGUGCUGGUUGUCGAUGAGUGGAUUCUGUUCGCGGUGAAUUUGGUUUCCUUUUUAGGAACGUGCUUCGCCAUUGUCCUAGGGUUUGGGCCCAGUUUUUUGUUGGCGGAAAGUCCGAAGAAGGGGGAGUAUAAGGAAAGCAAAGACGAGCAAAAAGAUGAUGAUGGUCCACCAGCGGCUUCCGCUCUCCGGUCGCGUGGGCAACAUUUGCUGGACCAAAACCCCGAGGGCAGCUCAGCGUUGAAGCUUGUAAGUGGCUUGAGUGUCGCGAGUCAUGGGAGCAUAACUAGACCGAGCGCAGCAGGAGGUGCGGCCAUCGUUGUGCAGGAGCAGGAUCAACGCGACGUCGACCAAGACUACGACACGACAAUCACUCUCACCGCCACCGGCGCGAAGCUUGCUGCGGGCGCUGCGGGGAACAGUACGACCAGUUCAUUCCUGCGCCUUUCGCCCAGCAACAAGCAAAACAGUAAGACGUUUGACUUGAAGACGAAAAAGUGGAACACUGUUGUUCCUGCCGAUUCCAAAGACGAGACUAAUGCUUCAGCUUUAGCGGACAGAAAUGCACCAGCGGGAGCAGAACAUCAUCACGAUGUCGACCCAUCAAUCGAUCACGGGCAAGCCCUCACCGGCACGUUUCUCGCGUCGUUGGGCAAGUCCGCGUCGAAGUUUAAAUCUUUGUCGGCCCGCGCGAAGCGCAGUGCGGCGGCGAAAAGGUCAACCCCCCGGGGGCACGACCACGAUGACUACGAAGACCAUUUGUUCCACCACGGGAGUUGUACCAGCGACGAGAGUAGUAAACAGGACCAUGACGCCCACGUUACGAAACAGCGGGAGGACGGGGAGCAGGAGGACAAACUGCACGCUUUAAUCCACCAAAGUUUGAUGACAUCGGCAAACUAUAAAGAUCUUCCGGGGCGGCGGACGCGGAAUAUUGAGGGCGGGAAUAAUGUGAACAUCAAAGCUGCUGGGUCCGUGAAGAGGAAAGGGACCGCUGAUCGCGAAGAUCAUUCGGGGUUCAAUAUCGAAGGCGAGCAUAUAGCCGCUUUUCAGUCGUCGUCACAAUCCGGUAGUAGCAGUAGCUCCAGUAGUUCCUGUUCGGGUAAUAACUAUGACUAUCUCGAACAGCAGGACGAAGAUCAAGAUUUGUCCAGUUUCCUGAUUCGGCCAAGUUUUUCGGGCAGCGAAAGUGGACAGCACGUGAUUACCGCAAGAGUUGCAUCAACUUUUUCAUCGGGACAAUCCUCGGCCAACAUGACUUUUAGAACAAACGACGGGCGGCCCACGACAGCAGCAGCGCCCGGUGCAGCUGCAGCACUACCUACAGCUUUCGGACCAGGAAGGAGUGACUUCUACAUUGGGACGCCGGAAAGACUUUUCGAGGAGUCAGACCAGUCUGUAGUGGAUGAGGUGGUGGAAGUAGUUUUGGACGAGGAGCCACAGUGUCGUGUGACAAGAACUUCUGACAAUCUUAGGAUACAACCAGCUUUUAUGUUCUCCCGUCGUACUAGUGCGGUAGAGGAACCAGGACCGGCGGCCGUCGACUACAAUUUCUAUUCCCGAAGAACUACAACAGACAAGAACCCGUUCCAUUUCUACGACGAGGAGACUUCUGAUGUCAACCUUCCCCCAAACCCCUCUGGGCCACACGCAGCUGCCGCCGCGGGUGUGUCGGAGCAAACGGAUGUAUCCGAAUACAACUUCCCAGUAGCAGCUACAACUACUGCUGCUGCACCACCAUCGUCCCAGCAUCGUCAGGGGAAUAUGACUCCCAACUUGAAAUCGGAUUUGAUCCUCCCGCCGCAAUCCGGCCACGAUCUGCGCUCCGCGCCGCAAAGUUACGACGCGUCCAUUCUGGCUUCCAACCGCGGAAUGCACGGAUUUAUUUUGUCGUCCACGGAGAACAGCCGUGCCGGCGGCGGCACGACGUACCCGGAGACCAUAGCGCCACCUGGCGGUGGUCCCCGUGCUGACGUACUAGGUGGAGAAGCAGGCGCUCCCGGGACCAUUGCGCCAGACAGCAGUAGUCACCGCGGAAUCAUAUCCGGUCUAGUGCAAAGUCAAAGGCAGGGCACGCAAGAUGUUGAAGUAGACCACGCCCAGCAACAGAGUCUUGCUCAUAUCGCUGCAGAGCAGGAUGGUAACGUCACCACCACAGGUGUCACGACUUCGCCUGACGGUCGUGCAGAUGGGGAGCAUCAAGAUCCCGGGGGUCCUCCAGGUGGAGACCACAGAACGACAGCCAGCAACAAACAGGAGAAGUACCGAAAAUCCCUUCUGAAACUUACCUGGUAUUCUCAGGUGAUCCUGUGGAUUUCCUGGGCCCUCCAGAUCGGUAUCCCGCUCCUUUUGUAUUUAGCCAUUCCGUUUCGCUCCUUCAUCGACCGCAACGGUAUGGACAUUGUCUUGUGCGAACAGGGGCUGACCCAGUUAUUUCACACGCCGAUUUUCGCCCGCGCGAAUUUGAACCACACCUUGGUGCUUGCCGAAAACCUCGGAUAUUUAAAACAAGCACAGGAGGAGAAAAACGAAAAAAUAGACGUCGAGAAUAAAUCCAACGCCCGCUUUGACCUCCUCGGAACGAACUCACUUUGGCUGCGGGACCUACCGGCGCGAGAGAAGUCGGCUCAGGAGGGUGUGUAUGAACUGCAAAAGUAUCGUACUAGUAGUAAUUGCAAUACAAAUUCGCUCAGCACGACAAAUUGAAUUUGUCAUGCUGAUUUGCCUUGGGAACCAGAUUUGUAAUGCAUGAAUGCGAUUACUACGAGUGCGAUACUUUUGCAUACGAUAGUGUGGAAGUUCCCGCGGUGGCGACCAAUCCCUUCUCCGCUUUGACGGUGCACGUCGAGGAGGCACAGAACAAUUGGUGCACGUACCACGGGAGCCGCUGGCUGGACGCGUUUGACAACAUCAAACUGGACUGCGCACUAACGCUCUCCGCAGUUUGUAUCACGGAGUUGUGCAUCCACGAUAGAACUACUUCUACAAGCUCGAAUAAAAUCGGUUCUACAACAAGUAGUGCAGCCUCAUCUUCAUCUAUGGAGAGAAAAAAGUUUGUCACAGUCACUAAGUUGCAGGUUUUGCAUUACAAAUUUUUUUAGCAUCACAACUUCUCCUUGUAUUGCAGAAACACUAGGGAAAUCCCUUAUGAAGUGUGGCUGUGAUGCAUUUUUACGCAUGAUAGACAAUUUUGUAUUGCAAAAAUGCCCAUGAGUGAUCGUGACGAACUUUUUUCUUUUGAUAUCAUCUCUCGAUGACCCGAUCGCACUGUUCGCGGACGCGGUCGGUGUGGAAAGAACCACGUCCUCGAUUCCCAUUCCGGCGGAGCUCACGACGGCGUAUGAGCAGUGUUUUGAGCAGACAAGCACGGGAUUGUCCGAGAUUUCGAAUUCCGCGGGGAAUCAGUGUCUGGACUACACGAACCCGGUGAUGUUUGAGGCGGCCAUGAACUACAUGCAGGUCUGCGUCGCGUUGGGCUACGCGGAAAAGGAAGAGGUGCAACUCGCGCAAGGCUAUUCAGAGGCUGGAAAGAGCCCGAACAUCACAAUCCACCUAAAUCCUAUACCCCCGGGGUCUACUCCGGCGCACAGAAGUGUGGAAGAAGAUUUAUCUCUCGCGCCAUCAACGGGAGAUACUUCUGGUCCGGUAGUACCGUCUACUCGGUACCACCGCGGUCUUCAUGGCAAGGGCGAAGAUCCCGUCGCAGGGGGGAAAGGAGCUGAUACUUCAACAGGUUCAUCGAGGAGAAACAACAUUUCGCCACAGGCCCCUCCUCCAACAAGCGCGCCGCUGCAGGAGAGUGCUGGUCUGCCCCCGUAUUUGAGUCCCCCGGCGGGGAAGGGUGGGUGGCUCGGCGACUUGACCGGGGGACGCGGUAUGGCGGUGCCGAAGGUGGUCUUGGGGGAGAAUCAUGAAGCUUCUGAGCAGGGUGAUAAAGCAUCUCCAGUAGAAGUUUCAGAGAAGCGUGCUACGAACAAGAACUCUGUCAGGAGCAGCACAAGAGGAUCUUCAUCAGGCGGCGAGAACGAUACUGAUGCGGUCUCGGGCAGCUCUGGUGUGGGUGUCGCGGAGGAAGCGGAUGUAGUGGUUGCGCCAGUGUUGGAGAACGAGUUGCUUUUAGCGCCUUCCCAUCAGGUAGCAGCAGGGCGGCCAAACGAAAAGACGACAAAAAACGUCGAAGAACCACUGGCGCAGCAAGCGCAGCUUGCACUUGCUGGCAAUGAUAAAGCGGAAGGAGAAAAAGCAGAAGACAAAAUAGACGACGCAGAAGCUCAAGCUCCUGCCACAGCAGCUUCUUCGCUGAGCAGGCACAGCAACCUGAAAAGUAAACGCACCUACCUCAGACACAGCAACAAUGCACGGCACAGGACAAAAAUCGAAGAGCCAGUAGAAGAUGUAGCAGUUCUACUUCCAACUUCCGUUCCAGAAGAAGUACAUCCAGCAGAUGCAGAGGGGGCGCAGGCUGGAACUACAGCUUUCCUGGAAAUAAAAGCACGUGACGCAGCUUCCAAUCGCACCCGCACGACCCACGGUGCCGACGCCGAUUCCCGUCCGGACCGGGAGAGUUCGGAGCAAGUCCAAUCUCUCGAUCUCAUCCCCACCUGGUUGCUUCCCCCGCACUUUGUCAGCAGAGGAACCAUUCGCCAGGCCACGUUGGCGUUCCGGGCGACAUUGGAAAAGGGGGACUUUCCAACGACCAGGAGCAAAGUCGAUAGACAGGCGGAGUCCAUCGUGUCGACGAUGAUGAAGUUCACGGAAGUUCCGGACAAAACGGUGCCAACAACGGAAGAAAUUGAACAGAUGGAAAUGAGUAUCCGGAAGAACGCGGAACUGAAGGCGGAUGAGUUGAUUCUCGCGGUUGAGAAGGAAGUGGAACGGGUGGACAGGUUGUUAAACGCGGAACAACACAACAACCCGGAGUCAUUGGUCCUUCCCCCCUCCGCACAAGAAUUGUACUCGCCCUUGGGCAGGAAGCUAAAGAGGACAACGGCGAAAAAAUUGUCGACGCCGAGUACUAUUGCAGCUACGGGAUCUUCAGUAGAAGAGGGUAGGACAACUACAGAGCUAGGAAAUGUGGUGGAAGAUAGUGAGGAUAGACUUCUUGGAUCUUCGUUGUCCUUGCAUAGUGCGCCAGAUGAACAGCCUAACGCGGGCGUAGCCGUAGCGGCUGCAGUUUCUCCACCUCCUGGUGGCGUAGCCGAUAGCAGUGUUGACGCAGGUGCUGGUUCCACGACCUCCUCCACGCGAAUGGAUGAAGAAGGAGCCACAUCACUUGGUGGUGGCACUACAGGACCUGCAUCGACUUCUCCGAGUUCUGCUCCUAAUGGAAAUGAAAACCCAGAAGAUGUUGCGGGUACUACUUCUAGCGAUCAAGACAAAAACCUUCUCCGGUGGAUUCGCGCCGUAAACAACCACCACGCGGGGCGACUUGAGGCGGAAGAACAGAACCAAAUUCUUUCCUCUUCCAAAUCUUUUCUCUCGAAGAGACAGGACUUCUCUGCGAGUCUUGGUUUUUUGGAACACCAACAGAACAGUGGAAAAAUCCAACAGACAAAGACAAGCAAAAGUCCAUCGCUGCCGGGUGAGAUAAAGGAGAAGCAGACACAGGAGCUGCAGAUGCACAGCAGAAGCAUCGUAAAGAUGAACCAUGAUCAGGAACAGAACGCAAAGCCUGCAGAACCUGUAACUGCCGACUCGUUGUCCUCUGGUGGACUACUGGGUUCUUCAGCUGAAAACAGUGUUUCGACUGACCACCCGCUCCAACAAGGGCUCCCGGUCCAGUCGUCAUCCUCCCGAGGAGGACCACAGCAAAACAAAACCUCACUACUUCACGAUGCUGAUACGCCCUUCGUUGGCCUACCCGCCCCGAGCCCGAAUGUUGUUGUGUUUUUCAAGGACGAAGGAACAGCAAGCGGUACUAGUUCAAGCCCUGGAAGAACAAGCAUGGAAAAUAAGGAAACAACAAUAUCAACAACUAAUCCAGCAGGAGACCACCUGCCUACGCCUCUACCUCUAGCGAAAGAGGAGGGCAACAAGGUGGGUCACUAUGUGAGUCAAAAUUCUGGCAAAAAUGAAAAUCAACGCGAAGAUCACUCAACUUUGCACGGCGACACGACUGCAGGAGGUAGAUCAAAUGUAAAUCCGACGAAGAACACCAACCACGUUCUACUUCCCUCUUCGUCCGCAACUGGUGAACUGCAAGAAGAUGGCGCAGCAGCUUCAUCUAGCAACACGACGGAUCUUCACGAUCCACAGUUUUUAACCCUGGAAGAAAAGCUGGCCGCGUACGCGGAAUUUGCGCAACGGGAGAGAGAGCAGGCGAUUCGGAAUUUGGAGGAGGACUUCCACAGUGCCCAGAAAGAUAUCCGGCGGAUGAAGUCUGCGGCCCUUUGGUCCCUAGCCCAGACCGAAACCGCGAUCACGUCUUCGCUCAGCCUGGCGGUGGCCGGGACCACGUUCCUCUCCUUGCUGCCCAUCGCUGUCCCAUUGGCGAACGGUUUCGCGGAGGCGUUGCUGAACCAAAAAGCGCUCUUCCCAGGGUCGCAGCACGGGGGAUAUGUGUUGAUGCUGUGUGUUUUAAUACUAACCAUCACCCUCUACGGCUGCGCCCUCGCUUUGGUCCAGCAGGCCACGAUGGGGGGAGAUUGGGUGCUGACGCUGAUUUUGUUACUGAUUCUGUCCUGGAUCGGCGCGACGUUUGCGACAGCAGGCAGGUUCUUGAAGACGAUGCGCUCUGAUAAAAAGGGCGACGACCAAGAGAGCAGAUGGCAGGGGUACAAAGUCGUUUGGGUAGAAUACCUCGUGCAGACGCUCAUUCUAAUCGCGCUGAUCGCGUUUUCCUUGUACUACAUCAAGCGAACAAUGGAAGAUCGGCUAGACCUCUCUGCGAUCCUCGCUAACCUGACCGUCCAGCACUUUUUCUCGCUGACUUGCGAUUUUAUAGUGAAGAAGACGCAAACGGCGGUCGCGAUGACAGACAUGAUGGUCUACGCGUACUGCAAGACCGAAAUGUGGGAAAUGUUUUAUUCCACAGCCGCGUCCGAGAAAACGGCGCGGAGACUGUGGAAGAAGGAAGUGCGCGAAAUCGGGGCGUUGAUGAACGUUUCCCUGCCAGACCACGUUCGGAAGGGGAUCAACGAGAGCAACAAAGGAAAAGGUAGCAGAGGAGAGGACGGACUCUCGAAGAACGGAAGUAAGCAAGGUGAGGACUCCACCGCCCGCUCUAGUGCUGCUGCACGAGCAGGCACCGGGUCUGUAACAGACGCGGGGCAGACGCAGAUGAAGGGUGAUCGGUUGAGUGUUUCGGGGUUCGAGAACUUUCUUGCAAUCUCUAGUAGCCAAGGUGGUGAUGGGGAAAAUAUGACGAUUGGCGCCGAAAAGAUGUUAAAGCGAGGGACGAAUGAAAGCAGCGCGGCGACCGCGAGCACCGACGCGUCGAUCGAUAUCGCUGGUGUGCGGAAAAACCAAAAGAGGAAAAAUGGUUACCCAAAUAGCAAAGCCAGUGUGGAUAAUUACGACGGAACGCACGUGGCUGCUGACAUCAGCCACAUGGCGAGUAUUGCGGAAAAUGUUGCGAGAAAACAACAACACGAUCGGGGUAGUUUUUACGACGAGGACGUGGUUUUGAAUGUCAACGCUUUAUCCGCGCGCGGCGACCAUCAGCAGACGUUGGCCAUUAAGCAGUUGAAAAAGCAGAACACGCGGGAUAAAGUUUUGAAAAUACAAGAACCGUCGUCGGAGCGGCCGGAGAACGAUCGUGCUGGUGGGGAUCCUUAAUUGAUAGGCUUUGAAUCUACUUUUAAGGAGACUCGCUGUCCGCUCAUGAUCAACCAUUUUCUAUUUUCCCAGUUUCGCAAUAUUUUCCACCAACAGUUCCAGUUUUUAAGUAAAGUUUUUUCAAUGUACUGUUUGUGGAGGCCGAGGCUGCAAAUAUCUUUAUUUCACUAGCAAGCUUUUCUUUUGAUCUCUUCAUCUCCCGUUUCCCCAUUCUAUCCCUCUCAAGAAUUAAAGCAGCUUCUUCUAGUAGAAGACCACGCUAUAGAAGUGUUAGUGUUUUGUCGUACCCGUAAUAUUUCAGCGCUCGUCGUUCAGGACCCGUUGCGGUUCUGACAGCGGAGAAGGAGAAGGCUAGCUGCCAACAGGCAACAAGGGACAGAUCGAUUCCAGCAGAUUGCUUUCCCACCCAAAU